AUGUCUAAAUUGAUGCUGAUAGGUACUAAUUACUGGUACCCUUCAAAAUUUGGAUGUACAAUUUUCCGUAAAGUCCGGUUUCAAUCCACUCUGAAAUGCACAUCAACCGCCCGUACGCAACCAAUUGAUCCUUCAGCUAAAACAAUCAGACACUUGCAAUUCGUUAAAGAGAUCCCAUUUGAAACGGGGAUCGAUAUUCAGGAGAAAUUUGUACGCGCUCAUCUUGACAUUAAGCAACUACAAUCCAAGAUAAAGAGAGAAAUGACAAACUUACAAAAAGAACAUAAUGCCGAGAUACAAUUGAAUUUUCACGAACAAAUGAUACUAGAUAAUAUCAAUCAGAUGAAGCCAAAUCCAAUUGUGCUUACAUUUCAAUUUGAACCCACUUAUACUGGCGGAAAACGUGUUAAGAAACAAAUUACGGAUGAACAGAUCGCCAGAUAUGAAGGCUUUAUUCCAUCAAAACAGAAAUAUAAUAAAAAACCCAAAUUUGUGCAGGCUGAAAGAGGUGGCCAAGUGACGUUUCAUGGUCCAGGGCAAAUAGUCGCAUACAUCAUUCUCGAUUUAAAGACAUUUCAGAACUUGCCGGCCAAAUGCUUAGUUUCAACUAUUGAUAACGCGGCCAUGAACGCAUUAAAAGUAGUUCCAAAAUUCCAAGGAUCAGAUGAACCAUUGAAUUUAAUUACCCAAAAAACCAAUGAUACCGGCGUUUGGGUCUCUAAUCAAGAAAAAAUUGCCAGUAUUGGCAUACAUGUCAGAAGAUCUGUCACCUCACAUGGUAUUUGUAUUAACGUUGACCCAGACUUGUCUUAUAUGAACAGUUUUACCAUGUGCGGGCUGUCAGAAAAAAAAGCCACUUCCAUAAGAGAACAAGUCCCUGAUAGUUCUACCUCUGUUAAUGAUGUAGCAGUUGCAUUCGUGAAUCAAUUAGCUAAACUUUUGGGCAUUACCACAGUAGAGAGAAUUCAACUUGAUGAUUUACCCAUUUACACUGAUUAG